AUGUUUUCUUUUGGUACUGUUGGCCAUAUAUUAACGUCAGCAACAGCUGGUCUGAUUGUUGUCUAUACUCUUGUACCUCUGCGUCUUCUUCAAUAUGUAUAUAAAAUUGAUGCUUUUGCGAGUUCCGAUGCAAUGUGCAGAAUUCUAUCGUGGACUCUACCAUCAUGGUUUAUCGUGCUUGCUUGUGCCGAUCGGGUUUUGUGCAGUUCAUCGUCUGCUACCAUUCGCGCGUGGAGUAAUAUUCGCGUUGUUACACGUGCUACUCCACUGACGCUUUUGAUUGUUGGUCUCGCAUACGUACAUGUUCCCUUCUAUAAUCGACUGAACACAACAUCAUCAUGUGUCGGGACUUCAGGAACAUACGCAACAUUUGUUGGCAUUUUUAAUUUAUUCAUAUUCGGUAUGGGUCCACCUGUCUGCAUGCUUACUUUUGGAUUGCUCGCCAUUCGGAAUGUUCGUCAAUCGGUGAAACGGAUGGCACCUAACAAUAUUCCUACUGGAACUCAAAACCAAUUGCAACACCGUCAAAAAGCAACAGAUCGACAAUUGAUGCAAAUGAUGAUUGUUCAAUCUAUGUUUUUCAUUUUGACAGGAACACCCAGUUCCUUCGUUUAUUUUUACUCUUUAGCAAUAAGUAAUGAGGUGUUGAAUGCUCUUCAAACAGCCAGGCUCAGCCUCGUUGUGAUUGUAACCGCCUUCCUAACCAAUGGUGGUGCAUCUGAUGGUCCUGAGAUUUAUCUAUAUCCAACAUCGAUGUUUGUUCCACUAGGAACACCAAUUAGUUAUUAUCAUGUUGUACGAGAAACAUUAAAAUAUCAAUGCUUAUGA